AUGGUAUGGUUUGAUCCUGCACGUGCUGGCCUUCUUGCCCGGGAGCUGCACAAGCUGAACGUGCAUGUGGCCGCCAUCCAGGAAGUUCGAUGGCCCGGUCAUGGAGAGCGAGAAUUCACGGCGGUGGACCCCAUCGCCAACACCUCUUUCAAGUACCACAUCUACUACAGUGGCGGCGAAAAGGCGAUGCACGGAGUCGGUUUCGUAGUGAUUGGGGAUCAGAAGAACCGAGUCAUCAAGUGGAAGGUGGUGAAUGACCGGAUCUGCGUGUUGAGAAUAAAGGGCAAAUUCUUCAACUACAGCCUGAUCAACAUCUACGCGCCGACGAACGACAAGCCCGAUGACGAUAAAGACGCUUUCUACGAGCGUCUCGACAAGACCUAUGGAGAGUGCCCAAGACACGAUGUGAAGAUAGUCAUCGGAGACGCAAACGCGCAGGUCGGAAGGGAAGCCUUCUUCCAUCCUGUCAUCGGCAAGGAGAGCCUUCAUCCUCGCACGAAUGACAACGGCCUCCGUUUGGUCAAUUUCGCCGCAGCCAGAGGAAUGGCUAUCUGUAGCACCUUCUUUGCGCGCAUGAACAUUCGGAAGCACACCUGGCGCCACCCGAAUGGCGAAUCGUGCACACAAAUCGAUCACGUUUUGGUGGAUGGUCGACACUUCUCGGACGUGAUGGACGUCCGAUCGUACAGAGGACCGAACAUCGACUCUGAUCACUUCCUGGUAGCGUGCAAGAUCCGAGCUAGGCUGUCGAACGUGCUGACCCCGCGGACGGCGAGGAUAGCGCGGUUGAACGUCCAGCGCCUCGCGAGCAGCGACGUUGCUGCAGAGUACAGUCGGAAGCUCGACGAGCGGAUCAACGAGGACGCGCCUACGGGUAACCUGGACGAGCAAUGGGGAGCCCUCCAGAGCAUCGUCAACACAACGGCUACCGAAGUGAUCGGCACGACCAGAGGACGCAAACCCAAAGGGUGGUUCGAUGCAGAGUGCCAGCGAGUGACGGACGAGAAGAACGAGGCCAGGAAGCGUAUGCUGGUGAAGGGUACGCGCCGAAACUGUGAGCGAUACAGCGAGCUGCGAAGAGCUGAGAAACGAACCCACCGCCGAAAAGAACGGGAGUACGACGAGAGAGUACUUGCCGAAGCUCAAGCACAAUACAACGCGAACGAUAAGCGGAGGUUUUAUGCAACUGUCAACGGUGUAAGAAAGAAAGCGACGCCUUCCCCUGUUAUGUGCAACGACAGGGAAGGUAACCUGUUGACAGAUAAGACAGCGGUAGCGGCCAGGUGGAAGGAGCACUUCCAACAGCUGUUGAACGGUGAGACACGAGAGGGAAUCGUCGAGGACAGGAUGAACGUUGAGGAUGAUGGAAUAGCUGUGGACCCGCCUACGUUGGAGGACGUGGAAAAAGCCGUAAAGGAGCUGAAGAACGCGAAAUCCGCGGGAAAGGACGGACUUCCGGCCGAACUUUUCAAGCACGGGAGCGCGCGGAUGAUCGAGAUUCUGCACCAAAUCGUCCAGCGAAUUUGGUGCGAAGAACAGCUUCCGACCGACUGGUUAGACGGGCUCAUCACCCCAAUCUACAAGAAAGGGCAAAGACUCGAUUGUGCCAACUAUCGAGGCAUCACAAUCCUCAACUCAGCGUACAAAGUACUAUCCCGAAUCCUGUGGAGCAAGCUGAGACCGAUGACCGAGACCUUUGUCGGCGAAUACCAGUGCGGUUUUCGAGCGGGUCGGUCAACGACGGAUCAGAUGUUCACUCUGCGACAAAUCCUCGACAAGUUCCGGGAGUACAACCUGCAAACACACCAUUUGUUCAUCGACUUCAAGGCGGCGUACGAUUCAGUCAAAAGAAACGAACUUUGGAAAAUUAUGCUAGAACACGGCUUUCCGGCGAAGCUAAUAAGACUGAUUCGUGCAACGCUCGACGGAGCAAAAUCAAGCGUGCGAAUAGCUAACGAGACAUCAGAAGCUUUCGUUACGUUGGAUGGAUUGAAGCAGGGCGAUGCUCUCUCGAACUUACUGUUCAUCAUAGCGUUGGAGGGUGCUGCUCGAAGGGCAGGCGUGCAAAGAAACGGAACACUCAUCACUAAAUCGCACAUGCUGCUUGGAUACGCUGACGACAUCGACAUCAUUGGUAUCGACCGUCGUUCAGUGGAGGAGGCGUUCGUCCCUUUCAAGCGGGAAGCUGCGAAGAUCGGACUGACCAUCAACACUGCCAAGACCAAGUAUCUGGUUGCUGGCAGAGCGCGUGGCAGUGCAGGUGAUGGUGUUUCGGAGGUGGAAAUAGAUGGAGAAAGAUAUGAGGUGGUGGAUGAGUUUGUAUAUCUUGGUACACUUGUGACGUGCGACAACGAUAUGGUGGUCGUCCAAAAAGCGCGCUGUCACUGUGCUAACGGUAGACCUGCUAACGUCGACGAAAAGGGAACCAUCUUUGUCGGAAAUCCAUUUGAGGCAGCUGAGAUUAAAGUCGCCCAGGACGCAGAUACUGUCAUUAGCUUUCAAUUUAGAUACGACCCACAAGAGGGACUGGGUAUAACGCUCGACAAGCUCAGAAUCGUUGACACGGUCCGGUGGAAGAUAAACGACGCAAAUGUGAACGGAUUUUUCAGUUAA